CGUCGAAAUAAACGACAGCGACGGGCAAGAACAACAAGCGAAGAAAACGUGGGAAGAAGAGUGUAGCACCGCGCUAGAUUCCAGGCUGAACUCGGUUUACUUCAACCUGUGGAGGGUCGCGAGGGAGUGCAUUUGCGGCAGCGGGUCGCGGUGUAGGCAAACUGGGAUGAGACGCCCUCAGCAAGAUCAUCAUCACAACAACCAUCACCACCACAAUAAUCACCAUCACCAACACCACCAUCAGCAUCAUCACCAGCACCAUGGAUCAUCGGCGAGCCCUACGCGCUCUCGACAACCACUCGACAAGGACGAGUCCCGUUUGGCGAAAGUGAAACGUGUGUUGGCGGUAUCGUUGCUGGGACGCAACGUAGGAUCCACGAAAGUCUUCGGCGCUCGACUGGACUCUGUGGAAUCGUAUCUGGACACGGGUGUGCCGUUCGUGGUGCAUCGUUUGUGCAGUUACAUCGAGGCUCAUGGAUUCCAAAGCGCCGCUGUGUUCCGUCUUUCCGGCGGGAGUCCGCGACUGGCCGAACGACUGAGGGCCACCUUCGAGAGAAGAGGUGAUGCCGAUUUGGAGGCUGCGGCCUGUCCGCCGACCGCAGCCACGCUUCUUCGUCAAUAUCUCAAGGAAUUACCGCAACCCGUCGUGGCAUCCACCAUCGUCGCCAGGCUGUUGAUUGUUCAUGCCCAGAAUUACACGACCGAUCGCGAAUGCUGGCUCAACUUGACGAAGGAGCUUCUAUCGACACUGCCAUCAUCGCACUAUCGUUUGCUCGGUUAUCUGGCGAUCUACCUGAGCAGGUACGAAACCAGACAUGGACGUAGCGCCGGCGUUUGCGGCGUGUUCGCGCCCGUGAUUCUACCUCAUGUUCCACCUGCCACCACACUACUUCGCGAUAUCUUGGUCGAAGCAAACGAACUCUUCCCCGAUUGCAUUCGUGAUAACAGCGCGGUGAACGGCGUGAUCCCUGCGAGUGAUUGUAAAUUCUGCAAGGACGCAAAGGACGAACCGAAGGAUACAGAGACCGACAGCGCGUUCCUGCUUUGCGCGCUGAAACCGCGUAAGCGCAAAGAACGUCGUGAAUCCUGUUGUCAGGAAAGAAAGUUAAUAAGAAGCAGCAGCGAGGAGCGUGUCCUCGAAAGUCCGACCGAAACCGCGGAUACGAUCAGACGCGUGAGCAGUCACGAGGAUUUCAACAGCGAGGAACAUUUGCACGUAUUGUCUCAGCUAGGACAAGAAAUGGGUCAUGGCGUGAGAUGCGGAAGUCUACCUCUGCACGAGAGAACGAACGUUUCACCCGUGUCAAAGAAAAUCCCAUCGUUUCCGUUGCCGUGCGAGGCUGCCUUGGAAACGGAGAAAUUCGAGCGCGAUGUCGAAAAGUUGAGGAGCAGUGAACGUUUCAGCAGAAGCAUCACUCCGAGGGGAAGGCGACAAGCUCGUAGGAGAAGGGUGCACAAGAUCGUGGACACGGAGAGUUCCAGCAAGGAAAAUGAAGACGGACCGGAGAAUAUUUAUCACGUGUCCUCGAGUCCCAAGCGUUACAAUGGUUCGCCGGGGCAAAGCUUUUUGGAAAUGUUGAGCAGCGGACCGAGCCGAUCCCCGUCGCCGGCUCGUCCGCCAACAGUCGAUCACGAGGACUUGAACAAUCCCAGCUUGACCAAUUGGACCUUUCAACGCCAAGAAAAUGGAGAAGCCGCUGACGCUCGAGUAGAAGCCAUGCUAUCUCCGCGAAAUUCGUUGUUAUUACCCAGACGAUUUUAUUCUGAAAGCGAAGCUCAGCCGAACACGCCAAGUAUCGCGGAGCUCGGUUUAAAAAGUCUGACGAAACACAUAAAUGGCUUGAAGAAAAAGAUCAAGAAAUACGAGGAUGAGUUUGAAGAGAAUUUCGGCCACCGUCCGAGUCAUUCGGACAAGAUGAGUAACAGGGAUGUGAAAAGAUUGUGCACGGAGUUGAAUAAAUUGCGAAAGGAGCAUAAACUUUUGAAAGAAGAUCCGGUGAGCGCGUUGCUAGCCAAUGCAAACAAUAGAAGAAAAAUCGCAUGCGAUAGCCCGACGAACAACAAUAACAGCCAAGAAAAGUCGAUGGCUACGUCGAUGGAAGAAACUGUGAAGGAGAUUGAGAAAAAGCUCACCGAGAAGAGAGUGAAAUAUAACAGACCCGACAAUAUGGAGGAACUCACGUACGAGCAACUGAUGGAUGAAAAGACUGCUGUGCAGAAAGCUUUGCUUAAUAUCGAGAACACUUUCGGAAGGCCCGUCUCGAAAGAAGAUAGGGUCGUUGUUCGACCAUUAUACGACAGAUACAGAACCUUGAAACGAUUACUGAUUAGAGCGGGAGUGAACAAAAAUAAGGAUAGCAUUUCGGAAUUGGCGACUAUCUUGGAACACGAAGCAAUGGAUUUCACGUCAUCAAAUCUUCCUGGUAAUCAGUCGGACACGGAGAGGAGAGCGAGCGAACCAGACAUGUCGCACAGAGGCAUUUUAGACUGCAUAGAUCCGGUGGAGCAGUUACCAACCGACAGUGAUAGUCAACACAGCAGCAGCGAAGGAAGUCGCAGCAACAAUGAAAUCCUUCAUGCGCUUCCACAAGAAGAGCUGAUGAUUCAACAGCAACUAACCAGAGAAGAAAAGAAACGUCUUCGUCGAGCCCUGAAAGAAUUGGAGGCACAGUUUGAAGUUCGCGCCGGUCGCAGAAUGCAAAGGGAAGAUCGUGGCCCGCAAGUCACUAACGUUUACGAAUCGUACAAACAGGCCAAAGCGAAGCUUAGACUGAUCGAUGCUCUUGUAGCGAAAAAUGCUUGACGUAGUAUCUAAUUGGCAGCUUGAUGACCAAAUGCAUACGACGCAACGAACGAACUCCCGAAAGAUGCAUCGUGGAACGUGCACAGUAGUUGCUAUAGAGUCGAUCUAUCACAUUACAUUCGUGCCAUGUGUUAUAUACAAUAAUUCUAUUGAUAGAGACAGUAAUUUAAAAAAAGAAAAGACGGUAUGGAAAUAAGGAAGGUAACUAAACGUUAAGUUAUCGAAGAAUCAAAAACAUUUAAGAUGACGAGCAACGGUACUGUGAAUAA